AUGGCCAGAUUGCUUCUUUCAUCCGGUCAAGUGCAGGUCAUCGCAUCGGGCUUCGUCGCGAUCAAACCACGACAGGAGACACGCCCGUCGCCAAAAGUCUACCUCCCCGAGAAGUUUCAAGUACGGACGAAGGAGCUGGAGGAUGGUCAGGUUAUCGACAUAGACACAGAAGCAGACAUUGAAGUUCGAAGGCAGCGGCUAUUAGUUGAGAUCAAGGAGACGAAACCCAAUGUCGAUGUUGAGGGCAAUGCCGCACUGGAGAGAAAUAUUGAGAUUAUAAAACAGCUACAGGCCAAAGUGGUGGACAAAAUGUCAACACCUGAAGGGCAUGUCGAAGCACCAGUCAAGAACCACAAGCCUGUGAGCAAAGCAAAGAGGAGGAAGAUGAUCAAGCAAGAGCUUCAGAAGUCAGCCCAGGCUGAAGAUGGGCUUUACUAUCAACGCAGGUUGUGGUGA